UUCCCCAUUCAGCUCUCAGGACGCUCCGCCACCCCCCACCAUGGAAUUUGCCGAGCUGAUCAAAACCACCAAGGUAGACGAUGUGGUUCUCUCGUGCCCAGGACUCCAGCCCAUCCGAGGGACCCUGGCCAUCACCAGCCACCAUUUACUGUUUUCAUCCCAGGCAGAAGGGAGUGAGGAACACAGAACAACGGAGUUGUGGCUUCUUAUUCGCAAUGUGGAUGCCAUUGAAAAAAGGCUGGCCAACGCCUCUGGCACCAUCACUCUCAAAUGCAAAGACCUGAAAAUUCUGCAGUUGGAAAUCCCUGGAAUGGCAGAGUGCCUGAACAUUGCCAGCUCCAUUGAGGCCCUUUCUUCUCUGGAAUCGGUGAUGAUGACGUACCCCUUCUUCUACAGACCCCAAAACACAAUGCUGGGCACUGGGUGGCUGACGCACAUUACCGAGCAGUAUUACAAGCAGAUUGCAACUGACACAGGGGCCUGGAGGCUGAGUUCCAUCAAUGCAGACUUUGGAGUCUGUCCCAGUUAUCCACCAGUUGUGAUCGUACCGGCGAGACUGGAUGAUGGAGCCCUUCAGAAGAGCGCCCGAUUCCGUCAGGGGAGGCGAUUCCCAGUUCUCAGCUACUAUCACAAAAAAAAUGGGACGGCGAUGCUUCGCAGCAGCCAGCCCCUCGUGGGGCCCAACCGGAAACGCUGCUAUGAGGAUGAGCUGCUCUUGACCACCAUCCUAGAGGGCGGGGAACGUGGCUUCAUCCUGGACACCAGGUCGCUGCAGGCCGCAAAGCAGGCCCGGGUGAUGGGGGGCGGCCUGGAGCACCGAAGCUGCUACCGUGGCUGGAAGAGGCUGCACCGCGCUCUAGAGAGGGGUCGCUCCCUCCAGGAAAGCUUCAUCAAGUUGGUGGAAGCCUGCAAUGACCCUUCUCCUCACAUGGACCGCUGGCUGAGCAGGCUGGAAGCCUCCAAGUGGUUGUCCCACGUCAAGGAAGCCUUGAAUGCUGCCUGCCUGGCAGCCCAGUGCCUGGAAAGAGAGGAGGCUUGUGUCCUGGUGCACGGAGCCGAAGGGAAGGACGCCACCUUGUUGGUGACGGCUCUUGCCCAAGUUAUCCUGGAUCCAGCCUGCAGGACGUUGGCCGGCUUCCAGGGACUGCUGGAGCGGGAAUGGAUACAGGCCGGGCACCCCUUCCAGCUCCGUUGCGCCCAUUCUGCCUACGCGCACGCCCGGCUCAAGCAGGAAGCGCCUACUUUCCUCCUCUUCCUCGACUGCGUCUGGCAACUGGGGCGCCAGUUCCCCUUCUCGCUGGCAUUCAAUGAGCAUCUCCUGCUGGCACUCUUUGAGCAUUGCUACGCCUCUCCCUAUGGCACCUUCUUGGGCAACAACGAGAAAGAAAGGAGGUUGUGUGACGUGAGGGGGAAGACCCACUGCCUCUGGCCCUGGAUAAACCGUGUGGAGAAGUAUCUGAAUCCCCUUUACCUGUACAACCCCCUGGUCAUUUGGCCCUCCGUGGAGCCACAGAGCGUGGUGCUCUGGCAAGGUUUAUUUCUCCGCUGGGUCCGUUCGUCCCAACAUCUUGAUGAAGCUUGGGCAGAAAUUCAGCAAAUAGCCACAAAUAGCCAAACCUACUCACAACAGUUGCACAGAGCAAUGUGAAAGUAGACUGCAACACCCCUUUUUAGAUGAAGGAAUCAAAGAAUUAGCUGGUAAAGGUCACCCCAAAAGAGGAGCGCUGAAAACAGAGGGAGGGUGCUGACACAGAGCCACCAAGGAGAAAAAUGAGCUCUUCAUCUGUGGCACAAAGAACUCUGCGAACAUGUAGAUGUAUUUCCCAAACCUAUUUUUUUAACUAUU